CUCAGCUUGUGAAGCAAAAGUGAAAUAAGGAAAUCGUAUCUUCAUAACUCGGUAUCUAUGAUGCACACACUCUUAAGAAGUAUCAUUUUCAACCUCAGAAAGUGAAGGAAGCUUUCAGGAAGUGCUCACUAUUCAAAGAAAAUGUCAAGGUUUGACCCUGAGAAGACAAGAUGGAUGUUCUGAAAUGGCCUCUGCUCUUUGUGUGCUUUUGCUUUAAAGUUACUCAAUCUGAAGCCUCAGGUUGGACCAUCACGGUGCCAUCCUCAGUUAAAGGUGUCCUUGGAUCCUGUGCGGUUAUUCCCUGCUCAUUUAACUACCCAAACCCAGGGAAGGAGGUCAAUGAAUUCACUGGGAUUUGGACCGAAUCAGGGGGUCAUGUCAUAUAUCACCCAGUUCAAUCUAAAAUUGCGGAGGCGUAUCGGACUCGGACAGAGCUGCUGGGAGACACCAGACACAAGAACUGCUCACUGAAGAUCGACUCCCUUCAAUCAAAUGACCAAAGGUCUUUUCAUUUUAGGAUUGAAAUCGGAAGCUAUGACAAAUAUUCCUACAAAGACAACACAGUCACCCUUAUAAUAGAUAAUGAACUAGACGUCACUUUCUCUGUGAACAAGGACGUAGUGGAGGGUCAAAAUGUGUCUGCAUCCUGCUCUGUUUUUUACUACUGUACCAUCUCUCCUCCUGUCUUCACCUGGAAUCUCUCUGGAGAAAAACAUUUCCAACAGAAGCUUAUCAACGGCCAAUGGAAAGCAACAUCUACUCUGACCUUUCAACCUACCAAAGCUGACAACAAGACUUUACAAUGCAUCGUCAUAUACAGAGGAGGGCUGAAGCGGGAGAAAGCUACUGUCCUCAACGUGCAGUAUGCCCCAGUUAAUGUGAAGGCUGACUAUAAGUCAGAUGUACAGGAAGGAGAAGCUGUGCAGCUGAAAUGUUCUAGUGAUGCUAACCCUCCUGUUGACAUCUAUAAGUGGCAUAAUGAAACUGGUGCUCAGCUGUAUCAGAAAAACUACUAUGUGCUGCCAAAUGUCUCCAGACACACAGGUGUCUUGUACUGUACUGCCAUCAAUAGAGUAGGACAAGGCAAAUCUAAUCCUGUGCAGCUCAAUGUGUUAUAUGCCCCUGAGAUUAAGACCAUCUCCUGCUCCUUAGAGGGGCAUAUGAUGAAGUGUUUGUGCAUUGCUGAGUCCAAUCCUCCCUGUUUGGUCUAUUUUGCUGUUUCUGACAAAGUCCUGCCAAGCACCAAACUAGACAAACAUGGCCAUAUUACCAUUGGGACUCUGCUCGCAGAGUCUGUAUCUUCUGAGUUUGUCCAGUGUGUGGCAAACAACACGUUAGGCAGUGCUGACCUCAAAGUCUCUGUCAAUGGAAAGGUGCAGAACCUGUAUAUUUUCAUCGCUAUUGGAGCAUGCAUAAGUGUGGUGGUGCUUUUAAUAGCUGUGAUAGUUGUCAUAAAAUGGAGGAGACCUGGAGAUGCUCCAAUGGCUCACAUGAGUGCCACCAAGGAGGAGAAAGCUGUGGAGCUCCCUCAGCAUGCCACAACACAAAGAAAACAGCUGGACUAUAAUGACAUACCUGGCUCUGGCAUUUAUGGCAGCGAUCAUGUAUAUGGCAACAUGGAGGCUGACUGUGAUGAUGCAAUAUAUGCCAACAUGUAACAUGGUUGAAUCAAUGGAAGAACAGCUGCAGCAACAGCAACUGAUUUGUUGUAAAAUAUAUAAAUAUACUGAUGUGCUACUCUCUGCAAACAUUACAGAUGCCGUAUUUUCUUUAUCAUGCAAUUUACACAUUUUUAAAAGCAAAUGUCUUGAAGUAACUUGAUGAUUAAUGCACUUGUGUUUGGAGUUAUUGUUUCUCUCAUCCAGAACUGUUCCUGUUUGUUUUGACUAGAACUAUGCCAUUAUACUACAUGUUGUGAAAAAUCGCUAUUAAACAAUUGUAAUAAUUUAGUUGCAAAUGUGUUUUAUAACUGUUUUUGUAUAGCAUCAAUCAUCUGAUAACAACGGAUGCUGCACAAAAUAUAAUACUAAGAACGUAGGUGUGAAAGUUGUGAAGUGGUGGUUUGCUCUUAAGUACAGCUACAAAAAAGAGAGUUGUGGACUGCUAAUAAAGCAACCUGUUCAUUGUGCUCUGUCCCAUCACAUUAGGGAAAUGCAGAAACGUUGUCUUAUAUGAUUUGUUGUAUAUUUAGGAAUGAGUUAUUUUAAUGUCAUAUUAAGUGACUUGAUUAGUUUUAAAAAGUAUUAUACAUACAUCUGCAGGCAUGACAGCAGCACUUACAUGCACCCUCACAGGCUGUACUGACAUUAUCUGCUAAAACUGUGAAAACGAAAACAUCCUGUUUGCUCUCAGGUCUUGAAAACAUGUUGAUGGUGAAAUGGCAGGAAGGCAAAGGCGAAAGUGACCGUGCUGG